CACAACAUCAUCAUCCCCUAACUCCUCUUUUAAUUCCGAUUCUUUCCUAAGAGCCUAAAACCCAUGUUUAAGAUGGAAUAUAGUGAAGCAACUCCUGCUACUAUAUCUUCUCCUCAAUCCCUUUCUCCUAAUAACUCUUCAAAUUCGUCGUCUUCUCCUCCUCCUCCUCCUACUAGUAAUACUCCAACUCCACCGGCUGUUAUUAGCCCUUGUGCUGCUUGCAAGAUUUUGAGGAGAAGGUGUGCUGAUAAAUGUGUGUUGGCACCUUAUUUCCCUCCUACUGAACCAGCCAAAUUUACCAUUGCUCAUCGCGUGUUUGGUGCUAGCAACAUAAUCAAGUUCUUGCAGGAACUUCCAGAGUCACAAAGGGCUGAUGCGGUAAGCAGCAUGGUUUACGAGGCAAGUGCAAGAAUCCGUGAUCCGGUUUAUGGCUGUGCAGGGGCAAUUUGCCAGCUGCAAAAGCAAGUUAAUGAGCUUCAAGCACAAUUAGCCAAAGCUCAAGCCGAAGUAGUCAACAUGCAGUUGCAGCAAGCAAACCUUGUAGCCUUACUUUGCAUGGAGGUGGCACAGUCUCCUCAACCAAACUCCCAGCAAUCAGUCGACACUUUCAUCAGCAGCCCGCAAAGCCACCAGAGCAACCCAAGCUUCAUGGAAGACAACAACUUAGGGUCAUUAUGGGAGCCUCUGUGGACAUGAUUAAUGCUUAAGCAUAGCUGCUUAAUUUGAGAAAUUAAGGUCCCAUAUAUGAAACUCCCCUAACUCUAAGCCAAUGGCUCCAAAGAAGGAGAUCAGUCGAAGGACGUUAAUAAAUUUAACUUAGUAGUAGGUUAUAAUGUGAAGAUAUAUGGGGGAAAAUGUAAGUUUAAGAUCUAAUCACUUUGUUAAAGCUAAUACGAAGUAGAUAGGUCUUUUUCCUCCAUGUAAUUUGGCAUGUAAUUUGGAGAGAAAGAAAAAUAUGUACUCCAAUUUUUCUAAAGUUUUUAUUUCUGUGCUUGUUAUUGGAAUUUUAACAACUUUUAGGUCACCUAAUAUGAUUACUUAAAUUUGAUGUCUCAUU